AUGUCUUUGAUUGCUCGAUGUGUUGUUAACAAAAGCAAUUUACUCUCAAGACACCUUUCAGCUGGAAUUAUUACUGGACAAACAAGAUCACUUAAGAUUGGAAAUGAAAUUCCUUCAGUAAACCUGUAUGAGGAUACUCCUGAUAAUGCUGUAAACAUCAGAGACGCAUUCAAGGGGAAGAAAGGAGUGCUAUUUUCUGUGGUCGGCGCCUUCACCCCGGGAUGUACAGAGGUUCAUCUCCCAGACUACCUUGACCAUUAUGAAAAAUUUAAAAAUGAAGGUUAUGACCUGAUAUGCUGUGUAGCUGUCAAUGACCCAUUUGUCAUGUCCGCUUGGGGAAAACAUGUUAAGGCUGAAGGAAAGAUUCGUAUGUUGGCUGACACUCAGGCAGAAUUCACAAGGGCUCUAAAUAUGGAGCUUGACUGUCGAAAGGUUAUGGGAAAUACAAGAUCUAAACGAUAUUCUUUAGUAGUGGAAGAUGGCAUUAUACAAAGCAUUAAUAUGGAACCAGAAAACACCGGACUAGCUUGUCUCCUGUGUAUAAAAAACUACACAUCAAAACUGAAACGCAUGUAGCUUCAGUACAUAUCAUCGCAACUACAAGCAAAAGAUUGCAGUAGUGUUUAUUCUUAUUUCAUUGUUACAUUGAUAUGUUUCCAAUAUUUUUUUGUUUUACAUGUUCUGUUACCUACACAUAUAUAUAUUUAGAUUUACAUUUACAAUAUCAUUGAAAUUCAAAGGAUUCUACUUUUAUAAAACAAAACUAAUUGCCUUAAGAUUAUGUCAUGACGGAAUUGAAAUCUAAUGAUGGGUUAUUUGAUGAUUGCUUUCUGGUAUAAAAUCUGAACAGUUACUAGGCAGGUAUUUAUGGCAUGAAAAUGGAUAAAUAGUUACAUCUGAAUGAAAGGCAAUCAAUCAGUUUUCAGUAAUUCUUCUCUGGGGUUCCUUUUAUUCUGCUUCAAAGAGAUCAAGGGUAAGGAAGAUUCUAAAAUACCUAACUCUUUAUCAUUUUCAAGUCGUUGAUUUUGUCAUGAUAUAUUUCAAGUAUAGAUAGAGUGUUUCGAUAUAUUGAGUGUGAAACUCAUGGACUCUGGGCAAAUUACAUUCAGAUUGCAAUUAUUUAGAUUUCAAUUAUUUAGAUAAGGUCAGUUUGUCAUUUGUGACCUAAGGUAACUGUUUAUGUGUGAUAUUUCAAAUUCCUGAUGUAAUUUACAGGAGUUGGGACUUGACCGAAUGCCAUCCUAGGUUAGGCCAUAACCAGCCCAAAGCCAGUCAGCAUGUCUAUCUUAAAUGCUGCUGCGAAAUGCUUAAUACUUCAGAGCAAAACCCAGAAUUUUUUUUACUUACACUUUAAGUUUUUUGUCUCCUUGAUUUUUCCUGUCCCUUUAGAUUUUCUCAUCAACAAGUAUCAGUGAUCUGGUGAUGAAAAACUUAACAUAUACCCUGUUUUGUAGAUUACUAGAGGUAGAACUUUCUAUAUACAUGUAUAGGUAGGUUAGGAAACACAGUAUUUAGGCAUUCUAAGGCACUAGCUUGCAUAAUACAUGGUAUAUGUCAAGACUUUCUCAAAAAUAUAACUCUCGUGCUUGUUGGUGCAAUAAAGGUAGAUUAUAAGCUGAUGUGUAAGGUUUUGAUGUACAGUAAUUCUGGAUGCUAUUUAUUUUUUUAAUGUUUAAAUAAGGACUCAG